AUGGGCCUGAGAUGGGGUCCCCCCCGCUUCUUCCUGAGCUUGGCUGUCCUCCUGGCGGGGAGCAGCUGCUGCUCCGGCUCCUCCCAUUCCAUGCGCUUUUUUGUCACUUCUGUCUCCGAACCUGGGCAGCAGGUGCCCCAGUUUUUCUAUGUGGGCUACGUGGAUGACCAGGAGUUUGUUUCCUAUGAUGCCAAAGCCAAGAGGUAUCUUCCGAAGGUUCCCUGGAUAAGGGAGGUGGAGAAGGACGAUACUGAUUACUGGAAGCGGAACAGCCACUAUGCUCAGGGCCAUGAGCGGAACUUCCAGGACCACAUGGUGACUCUGGCUAAGUACUACAAUCAGAGCGGAGGGCUUCACACUUUUCAGUUGGUGUACGGCUGUGAGCUAAGGAAAACCUGGACCAUGGAAGGGUAUUACCAGUACGCCUACGACGGGAGGGACUACAUCAGCUUUGACAAGGAGACCCUCACCUGGACAGCAGUCGAUGUCCCAGCCCAGAACACCAAGAGGAAGUGGGACGCUGACUUCGUAUACAACCAGUUCAAGAAGGUCUACCUGGAGGAGACCUGCAUUGAGUGGCUGCAGAGAUACCUGAACUAUGGGAAAGAGAUGCUUCUGAGGACAGAGGCACCAGAAGUGAAGGUGACACGCAAGGUGGGCUAUGACGGCAUGGAGGCUUUGAUCUGCCAUGUGCAGGGUUUCUACCCCAAGGAGAUUGACAUCGAUUGGACAAGGGAUGGAGAAGUCUGGCUGCAAGAUACCUACCAUGGCCUGGUGUCCCCCAACUCAGAUGGGACUUACUACACCUGGUGGAGCGUCAUGGUGGACCCCAAGGAGAGGGAACGCUACAAAUGCCACGUGGAGCACGAUGGGCUUCUGAAUCCUGUGGACGUGGCUUGGGAGGAGCCUGCCUCCAACCUAGAUCUCCCCUUCAUAUGUGUUGCGGGUGUUGUCCUCCUGGUAGCAAUUGCUGUUCUGCUGUAUAUGUCAGAAGUGACCAAGAAUCCAGUCGCACGGGGUCAGACUUCCAGGUGA